UUUCUCUUUUCCCUCCCUCCAUUUUUCUCUUAUCUCCUUCUUUCUCCUCCCCUUCAUCUUAUCUCCCUCACUCUUUCUUUCUCUUCUCUCUCAUUAUCUCCCUCUCAUUCGUUCUCUCGCUCUUUCUCUAUCUCCCUCCGUCUUUCUUUCUCCCUUUCUCUCUCAUUAUCUCCCUCUCACUCGUUCUCUCACUCUCUCUCUAUAUCACUCAAUCUUUCUCUCUGUCUGUUUGCCUGUUGCAACAUGGCGGCCAAGAAACGCAAGGGUUUCGCCGCUUCUGACCAAAACCACAAAUCGUCGCGGCUGGAAUCAAAGAAAGUCCGAAAAUCUUCGACUGCCAACGACCUGGUUUAUUACAUAGCUGUUUUCAUAAUCGCCAUCACAGCAGGUGUCCUACACAGAAACCAUGUGUCAAAGAUGUUUGAAAAUGACAAGCAUUUCUCUCACCUUUCUACAUUGGAAAGAGAACUUUCAUUCCGUACAGAAAUGAUACUGCUAGCAGUGGGUUAUCGGUCUUAUGAGGCUGUCAAUGCCUUUUUCCAACGGGAAACCAAGCAAUGCUGGAGAGUCAACCGUGGAGAGGGAUUGUCUCCUGUUGAUAGCUGUGAAGGUCUUGGGGAACCGUCUUAUUUCUAUGUUGAAAGUGUCUUCGCCCUGCAUGGAGUCAUGAUGUUUGUCUUCUUCCUGUUUGGAGUCUACUUCAGUGACAGUAUUUUUGGUGGAAUUCUUGCCGUAACAGCUUUCUUUUGUAAUCAUGGAGAGUGCACACGUGUCCACUGGACUCCUCCUCUGCGUGAGAGCUUUGCCUUCCCAUUCUUCAUCAUGGAAAUGUUUAUAGUCACGCAUGUCUUACGAACAAAUCGACCUAUGUGGCGCCACAGUCUUCUUGUUGCCAUAGCAGCUACAUUGUUCAUGAUCCCAUGGCAGUUUGCUCAGUUUGCUCUGAUGACCCAAACAAUGUCAGUUUUUGCUACUUAUAUGUUAAACUUCAUUGGAUCUCGGAAACUUAAAUUCAUUGUGUUUGGCCAGUUGUUAGGUUGGUUGAUCAGUUGGACUCUGUUGUUCAUGAAUGAAAUGUUACUCACAUCCUUCUACUUCUCCUGUCUAAUUACAGUGUUGGUGAUUAUGUUUCUGGAACCAUUACUUGUGAAAUUACGGCUCCGGAUCUUAAUUAUGUUUACCCAGGGUUGUCUCCUCUUGACAGGAACCGUUGGAUUCAAGAUUCUGAUUGGAAAAGUUUUAAAAAUAGCUGACGAUGCUCACAUUGGAGAUUUACUCUUAACAAAAUUCACCAACUUCAAGAAUUUCCACACAAUGUUGUAUACAUGUGCUGUGGAGUUUGACUUCAUGGAGGCCGAAACUCCAAUACGUGUUUUAAAAACUCUUCUGGCUCCAGGAGUGCUUGUUGCCGUCCUUGCAAUAAUCAUUUUAGUUGUUUAUCAGGAAUGGUUAUCCUGGAAGAGGAAAAAGUCUGCAAAAGGAAAAUCUGAUGAUAUAUUACGAGAUGAUAAAAGCAAACCAUAUGCUGAGUUGGUCUACCAUAUUUUCCAGCUGUUAGCAUUUACAGCUAUGGCUGUACUGAUAAUGAGGUUGAAGCUUUUCUGGACACCACACCUGUGUCUUAUGACUUCACUGUUAGCCUACAGACAGCUGUUUGGAUGGGUUGGCAACAAAGAACGUCACUUUGCUCUGCUGGCCCUCUACUUAGCUGGAACAAUGUAUCAGGGUUACAAGAAUAUCAGUCAUCAGCUUAGCAUUGUCGGUGAAUUCAGCAACGUCCCCCUGGAGCAACUGGUCGAAUGGAUUGUGUACAACACUGAUAAGAAUGCUGUGUUUGCUGGUGCCAUGCCAACAAUGGCAACGGUAAAGCUUUGCACAAAAAGACCCAUAGUGAAUCAUCCACAUUAUGAAGAUGUUGGUCUAAGGGAACGGACAAUGAAAGUUUAUUCAAUGUACAGUCGGAAACCGGUGAAGGAUGUGAAAAAGAACCUGGUUGAUUUACAUGUGGACUAUGCUAUCUUGGAGGGGUCAUGGUGCCGAAAACGGUCAAGAGAGGGCUGCGCCAUGCCAGAAAUCUGGGAUUUGAGUGACAAAGUGAACCAAAACAAGAAACCAGUUUGUUUGACACUAAAUGAGAAUGCCGAACCCUACUUCAAGACGGUCUAUCGAAAUGAAGUUUACACAGUGCUGAAAGUGCAAUGACACCCCUCCACCCUCCCUCAUCCCCUACACACUAAUGAAUCUGUCUGAGUUUGAACCUUAAACAUGGGUGGUUAGGAAAUAAAACAUUCCUGUGGAGAGAAGACCCUCCUCCUUGCCCCUGCCCCCCUGCCAUUUUCUCUUCUUUUUUUUUUUACUGUUAAUUUUCUCUUUAGAUUUAAAACAGAAUGGAGAGUCUGUUCUCAUCAGCAUUUCAUUACUAAAUGCAUUUCAACAACAUACUUUUAUAAAUAUUAUCAUAUAAACACACACA